CUAUUGCCAUGGCGACAUUCCUAAGCACAUAAUGGCUGCUGAAUCUGCUCACCCUGAUAUACAGUCAGUGUAGACCAAUGAUUGGUCAAAUGCAGUUGAAUAGACAUCCUGAACUCUACCAGCACAAAAAUCUUCAGUAAAAGGAUAGUAUCUGUUGGAAAAUCGAUCUUUUCAUUAUCGCUAUUCAUCUUGAUCUCGAUCACAGGUGCGUUUAUGCUUUCGUGUGGUUUCGGCUUUGUUAAACACGAUCUGGUAAGGUAGUUCACAUGAGAGAGAAACAAACACAGCACAUUAGCAUCAAAAAAAGACAUCAUCUUUUUUUAUUACAGCAUUAUUUGUGCCUACCAAAUCACCACCAGAUAACCUCCAGAGAUUCUCUUCCUACAUUCAUCAGUAAUGUGAUGUAAUGGAAAAGUGACACAUGAAUUUAGAUUCGGAUUUAUUGCCGGUGGGAUCUGCGGUCGUGGUCAUUAUUUCAUUAACCCACGUUCCCCAUAGUCCACAUGUUUUGCAAGCCAUCAUAUCAGGUUAUGUUUCGCUGCAUGUUGACCACAGAGCUACAUCAGGCUGGACCACUAUUGAGACCGUUGGCUUCUGAACCAGAAGCAUUACUGUCGCUCUAAGAUUAAGCAGUUGAUCCGCUAUCCUGUGUGGAAGCUACCGUUUCAGUUUCAAUAGGGCAACCAUAAAAUGCGCCUGCAUUUGCCACUGCUUAUGAGCCUCAUUCCUGUUUUACACUCUGAGGAUCAGAGCACUCUGAUGGCAUGCUAUCAGUACUCUAUGCAAGUGUGGGUUUCGAGAAUGAGAAGCAGCCACUGAGAAUACGUUUGAGGCCAUCUGCAUGCGCGACAGCUGUAUUAACCACCUCUGACCACUGUUGCAUUCCUAACAGCUUUUGAAUUUGUCUCACACCCGCUGCCAACUUCUCUUCGUUCCAACAAGGCACUCGCACGUCCCAUUCCUGGAGGCUGGGCAGCUGUAUUCUGCUCGUUUUUAUUCCUGCUUUACAACGCACCAGAGACUUGCUUACCUUUUUUCUUCCUAGAGGGCUCCAUAGCCAUGUCUGCUGUUCACUUCACUUCACUCCUUGCUGUGACCACACUUCAUCAGAGGAAGGAGAAUGAAUAACCAGCAGAAUGGAAUAGCCGGUCUGCUUUGUGCAGAAGGUUGGUGGAGUUCCACAAUUCACAAUUAGUUCUGAAUUUCUAAUUAAAUUAUGACACGGACAACAGGACACAUGGCUGUUCUUAUUCGACCAGGACAACAACAGUAACAUGUUAAAACGCUAGAAUCACCCGAGUGGUGUGUCGGUGCACUUCCUCAGUUCCCUGACGAGAUGGGAAUUGACGAAAGAAUAAGCAUGAUGUAGUGGGGACCUUUUACAGGGUACCCAUGCGGGGUCACAUUCAUGGUCACAGUCACAAAGUGACAACUUUGCCGUUGGUACUGAGCAAGGAAACUCCACAAGUUCAGAAACAGACUGCCCUAGUGGUCUGGAACAAAAACAAGUAGAACCUGGAGAAAAUGCUGUGAAAUCAAAAUAUCAAAGAUACUGAAGAGAGCAGAAUUGUUAUUAUAUUAUAUAAUCAUAAAUUGUUAAUUCCUUUAAUUCCUAUACAAAAUGCCGAUUGCAGUAGCCCCCAAGUGGUGCAACAGGAAAGCAUUUAAUCUAUUGUAAGUGGGUGCAAGUCCAAAUCCUGGCGAUGUCAUUGCUAUGCGUGGCCAGGAGCCAAGGAAGCAAAAUUGGCCAUGUUCUCCAGGUGGGGAGGAUUUCAUACUUUCUCCCCUGUCAAUCUCAACAAAACUAGACAAUCAUUUGGAAGAGCUCCUCAUUUGGCAGGUGGCAUACUGUAAAAUGAACAAGAACUUUAUUUGCUUCAACGUGCUUUAUGGUUACAAGAGACAAAAUAGUUUUCACCAUUUCUUCUUGAAUCUCCAAGUGUGUAAUAGAGAAAGUUCCACAUUCAUCCACGGAAAUGUAAAUAGGCCAGUGUGUUUGCGAGUCCGCACGGAACGUCACCACCCAUCUCUAUUCACAUCGCUUACACGGAACUAUCUAGAGAACUCCAUAUUUAGUUUCCAAUCUCCCUUACUUAGCAACAUCAAACACACACAUUUGUAAUUACCGUGUUCACAUGGGUUUACUCCUGCUGUAACCUUCUCCAGGAUGUGGAUGUUUGCAUGGGAAAUCCCACUGAAAUCCUGUUGAGAUGCUUUUUGUUUUGCUACCUGAAUGUCUCACGGCCACCGUUCCCGAGCUGACCGGGAUAAACCGGUUACUGAAAAUGAAUUAAUGAAUGAAUAUUACAGAAUGAACACUCUCUCUACCGGUUAAAAUAAUCUUUACAGUGGGUUUGUGAAAGCAUAGGGACAGUAUGCCUGUAUGCAUACAGGCGAACGCGAUUAGGAAGAGUCAUGAGAUGUCAUGAUAUGGUAAUCCUGAUUGACUGCAGAAGUUAAUAUGCUGUCUGAGCCUGUGCCAACUCACCUGCUUGUCACUGAUCAUCCUGCUUCACUGACAGUAACUACCUGGUUUUACUAUAAUAUUUUCUUUAUUUGAAUAAUUUAAUUAAUAUCCUGGCGGUGCAGUGGGUAGCACUGUUUUUCUAAAUACUAAAUACUUGGGGGGAGUACAUCUUCUUCUUAUAUGUAUGUAGGUUUCCUCUGGGGUCUCCGGUUUCCGACCCCCCAAAACAUGCAUGCAGGUGUACUGGUCACUCAUGAAUUGCCUUUCAGUUUGAAUUAGUAUGAAUUUGUGUGCAUGGUGCCCUGCGAAGUGCAUGGUGGAUUAGUGGUACGCACGUUCGCCACACACCACAAGAGUCUGGGGCUCGAAUCCUGCCGCUGCCCUGUGUGUGCAGAGUUUGCAAGUUCUCCGGGUUUCCUCCCCCGGUCCAAAGACAUGCAUGGUAGGCUGAUUGGCGUGUCCAGAGUGUCCGUAGUGUAUGAAUGUGUGUGUGAUUGUGCCCUGCAAUGGAUUGGCACCCUGUCCAGGGUGUACCCCACCUUGUGCCCCGUGCCUCCUGGGAUAGACUCCAGGUUCCCCCGUGACCCUGAAAAGGAUAAGCGGUGUAGAAGAUGGAUGGACGAGUGUCCUGCAAUGGACCGGCAUCUCAUACAGGGUCAAGCCCAGUGUUCCUGGGAUGGGUUCCAAAUCUGCUGAAUCUUCCUGGCCAAGAUGUUCAAGAUGAAUGAAUGAAUGCAGACAUAAGGAGCAGUAUAGCCUGUUAUAAUUCAACUGCAUGAAGCUGUCAGUGAAAUACAGCCCCAUAAGCCUGUAACACUGACAGGUCUACAGUAUGUUGGAGAGAGUGAUGCACUGUUCCCCCAGCACCCCUCCCCUCUCACUCUCUAUCCUCCUUUAUGUCCCUGCGUCUCCACGAGACAAUCUGUCCAAAUCUUUUGGCAGGAGAGUCGGAGCGAGGCAUCUCGCACCCCUCCUCGGCGCUAGGUAAGUCAAAGCUGCACAUAAGCUUCUUUCCGCGUUAUUCAUAAAGCACUGGGACUGGCGCGCGCUGCUGCACGUCGGAGUCAAAGUUUGAACAACGCGCACGCGAUCACGAUUAUUACUUUGCCGUGGUAGAUUUUUUUUCGCUAGGGCACAGGACAGGGUUUAUUUGUGGGGAGCUCGUGCACUGUACUCGCAUGGUCAUGUGCUCCGACCGCACGCGCCUGCGUGGUCCAUGUUCGUGUCGCUGAGAUCAGCGCAUCAGUUGCUCCGGUUGUCUCGCGCUGUCCUCUGUCCCUGCUGUCCCUGCUGUCCCUGUCUACCCAUACUGAACACCUGGAGCUCUUACAUUCCAGAAGAAAUCCCUGGAGAAACUUCCGCUGAAAUGGGUCGCAAAGAGGCCGACUAUGACUGGAAGAAGAGCACUGACAACAUUCAAGAAGUGUUCGACUUCAUAGAGGUGCUCGGAUCGGGAGCGUUCUCUGAGGUGUUCAUGGUGAAGGAGAGGAAAACAGGAAAGCUCUUUGCCAUAAAGUGUGUGAAGAAAAAGAACAAAAGAGACAUCAGCUUGGAGAAUGAGAUUGCUGUGUUAAGGAGGAUUAAACAUGAAAAUGUUGUGGGGUUGGAAGAUCUCUACGAAAGUCGCACUCAUUACUACCUUGUCAUGCAGCUUGUUUCAGGUGGUGAACUGUUCGAUCGGAUCCUGGACCGGGGAGUGUACUCGGAGAAGGAUGCUAGCUUGGUGAUCAGGCAGGUACUUGAGGGAGUUAACUACCUGCAUAAGAAUGGCAUAGUACAUCGUGAUCUCAAGCCUGAGAACUUGUUGUACUACAGUCCAGAUGAGGAGUCCAAGAUAAUGAUCAGCGAUUUUGGACUUUCAAAGAUGGAGGACAAGGGCAUCAUGUCCACAGCCUGUGGUACCCCAGGCUAUGUGGCUCCAGAGGUGUUGGCUCAGAAGCCUUACAGUAAAGCAGUGGACUGCUGGUCUAUUGGAGUCAUUACAUACAUACUUCUCUGUGGAUAUCCCCCCUUUUACGAGGAAUCAGAGACUCGUCUUUUCUUGAAGAUCAUGAAAGCCCAGUAUGAGUUUGACUCUCCUUUCUGGGACGACAUCUCAGAAUCUGCAAAGGACUUCAUCCGCAACAUGAUGAAGAAGAAUCCUAAUUUGCGCUACACAACAGAGCAAGCUCUUAGACAUCCCUGGAUCAUUGGAAAGACCGCCCAAAGCCGUGAUAUCUACCAUUCCGUCAGUGAGCAGAUCCAGAAGAACUUUGCCAAGUCCAAGUGGAAGCAAGCUUUCAAUGCGACAGUGGCCAUCAACCACAUGAAGAAACUACAGCUUGCUCAUGGUGAGGCCUCAGUCAAACAGAGCCAGACAAAGACUCAGCUGCCUGACAUAAAAGUCAUUGCAACAUCUCACCUUGAAGCAACAGACAACAACCCGGUCCAUGACAUUUUAGAACCCAGUGGCAACCUGCCUUGCAGUCAUAUGACUUUGCCAUCUGUUUCCAUGGAAACAAAGACUCAGUACCUUCUGCCGAAGGUCAGCCAUAGUGUUACACUCACAGUCAAUGAGAAGACCAAGCAUGUGUACCACUCCGAACCAGGAAACCUAAAUGGGUAUGAGAAGACGGGCAGUCACAGUGGGGAGAAACUUCAGACUUCAGCAGGUGUCUGCUCUGUCAUGUGACUGGCCUUUGCAGCAUUAUGAGUGGACUUUAAUAGAUCUGUGACCUGUCUCUUGGCCACUUUGGCCAAAGUGCUUUGGGCUUUGGCUCCUUUGGGAUACGGAGCGAUUACAAGACAGCUGACCUGGUGCUUGUUGGCUUCACCAAUGUAUUGGAGUUGACAAGAGUGCCUCCAUAUCAUCAUGCACAGACAUGACUUUACAUACACAACACAAGGGAAAUGACACGCAGUACUCUGAGAGCAGAACAACACGCUUAGGCACCUGAUUAUAUUAUAGCACAAACAGUUUGUUCCUCAGGACUGGGAACUCCAGCCCUGUGUAUUAUUUCUAUGAAGAUCACUCCAUUUUAUCAUGAACUUGUGUGCUUCAUAUUACAUUUUGAGUAUUGGUGAUGUGAAAUUAUUAUUAUUUAUUUAUUUAUUUAUUUAUUUCCUAAUAGUCUGUGAUUUGCUGUGUAUUUAACAAUGUAUCAGAGAAGAUACUAAAUCCAUUAAUCCAUUAAUUGCUGAACCCAGACUGUGGCUGGCAGGAAUUCCCUCUUGCCAUUCCAUUAUAGUAAUAGAUUUUUUUUUUCUUGCUUAAUGUAUCUUAGAGCCAAAGUUUAUUUUUUAUAAUAAAUAUAUGAAUGUUAUAUACAAGCAGAAUUAUGCAUUUUGUUUUACAAUAUCCCGUAUCACUACACCCACUACCAUAAAAGAAUGUCUUUCCUGGUUUUUUUUAUAUAUAUAAUAUAACCAUUUGCCAAUGUUCCUGACACUCCGGAAAAGUGUGGGCGUUUUGUAAAUAUAUUUGUUAAUACUCAAUUAUCAAGCGAGAUAUAAAUAAUAAAUAAGUGUCCUAUUAUUGUGCAAUAUUCAA